AGCCACUGUGGAGGAUGGCUCGUGCAAUUGCCCGAGGAUUCUUGCGCCCAACGCAAGAUGUAGCGGAGAUACUGCUGGGAAUUUUGAAACCGGGGCCUUACCUAUGUCGAGACUUGGCUGGCUAUGCGUCAACUGUGACACCAGAAGUAGCCGGCAGGGUCCUCCAACAGGUAGAGGAUCCAGAUGUGGCGUGGACAUUCUUCCAGUGGGCUGGUAACAAGCCCGGUUUCCAGCACAACGCUUACACCUGUGCCGUUCUUCUCAACGCAUUCGUCAAGGCCAAGAGGCACGAGGAAGCACACAGGCUACUCAAGGAAGAGCUCGAGCCGCUGUGCUUUCCCAACGAGAUCAUGUACACUACUGUCAUCAACGGCUUUUGCAAGGCAGGACAAGUCGACCAAGCUUUCGAGCUUCUGGAUGAGAUGAAAGAACGAGGGGUCAAGAUGGACGUGCUCUUGCACAGCACACUGAUCCAGGGGCUCUGCAGGAAAGGCAGGAUAGAUGAAGCUCUGGAGCAGUUUAAGAGCAUGGGCGAGGAGUGCUCUCCCAACGUGAUAACUUACAACACAGUCGUGAAUGGGCUAUGCAAGGCAAACCGCAUCGACGAGGCACUGGAGCUGUUCGACGACAUGGAGAAGAGAUACGAGGCUUCUCACGGGUGUGAGCCGGACGUGAUCUCCUACAGCACAGUCAUCGACGCUCUUUGCAAGGCCCAGAGGGUGGACAAAGCUUACGAGUACUUCAAGCGGAUGCGGGCUGUAGGCUGUGCUCCAAACGUCGUCACUUACAGCUCUCUAAUCGAUGGCCUCUGCAAGGUGGACAGGGUGGACGAGGCUUACUCUCUCCUCAUGCAAUUGAAAGGCGAAGACAUGGUUCCGAGAGCCAUGUAUUACAAUGCGGUCGUCAACGGGUUUAAGAGGCAAGGGAAGCCGUCGGAAUGCCUGGAGCUGUUGCUCCACAUGAAGGAGAAAGGCUUUGGGAUCAACAUCAUCGACUUCAACGCUAUGCUCCACGCGCUGUGGAAGAACGACGAGCAGGAGAAAGCCUGUCAGUUUUUCGAGAGGCUCUUGAAGAGCGGGAAGAAGCCCAACGUGGUCACUUACAACGUAGCGGUUCACGGGCUUUGCAAGGCCGGGAGAGUCGACGAGGCGUACAGGAUCCUCCUGGAGAUGGUAGAGAGCAAAGUGACUCCGGACGUGAUCACUUACAGCAGCAUCAUCGACGGGUUUUGCAAGGCGGGCAGGAUGGACAAGGCCGACGACGUUUUCACCAGGAUGAUGGUACACGAGUGCAUCCCCCACCCGGUGACGUUCAUGACGCUACUCCACGGUUUCAGCGAGCACAAGAAGUCGAGGGAGGCUUUCCGGGUCCACGAAGACAUGGUGAACGCCGGCUUCAUUCCCGGCCUCCAGACUUACAACGUCCUCAUGGACUGCGUCUGCGGUGCCGACAGUGUGGAGUCGGCUCUCGAGAUCUACCACAAGAUGAAGCGGAAGAAGCGGCAGCCGGAUUGCAACACUUACGCUCCGCUCAUCCAGUGCCUGUGCCGAGCUCGCCGGGUGGACGAAGCCAAGGAGUUCCUAGACGUGAUGGAGGCGGACAACGUUGUGCCAAACGGGGCGAUUUGCCACGCGCUGGUGGAAGUUCUGUGCAAGCAAGGGGAAGUGGACGAGGCCUGCAGUGUUCUUGACAACGUUGUGGAGGUGGGAUGCCAGCCACUGGGUGAAACGUUUAAGAUCCUCGUAGAAGAGCUCUACUUGAGGAAAAAGUGGGAGGCGGCCUCGAAGCUCUUGCGCAGCCCGGGAUUUGUCGCGGACGCUGCGACGUACAGCCUUUGCGUCGCGGAGAUUUGCAAGGCCGGCAAGCCGGACGAGGCAGUGGAGGUGAUCGAGCAGAUGGUGCUCAAGGGCGUGAGGCCGGACGAGGGAACUUACGUUGCGGUUCUUCGGAGCUUGUGUGGAUUGGAUAGAGUGGAGUCGGCCAUCGCGGAGUUUGAGAAGAUGGCGAGCAGAGGCUGCGCUCCUGGGCUCGUGACAUACACGCUGCUGAUCGGGGAGGCGUGCUCGGCGGACAUGGCGGACGAGGCUUUCAGGAUCUUCGAGGCGAUGGUGGCGGCGGGGUUUACUCCACAGGCCCAGACGAUGAGAACUUUGAGCUCGUGUCUCAGGGACGCGGGCUACCAAGAUCUUCUUGUGAGGCAGAGAAUCAUGACUAUGGCAAUCUCAUGAUCAUUCUAUCUUCGAGAUCAAAGCUAGAAACCAAGAGAUGUUGAUGUAACUGCCUAU